UAGAUCUAGAGCUAAUGCGUAAAGUUGUGAUUUGUGACCUUCAUACUGAAUUCCAAGAAGCAUUACCCAUACCAAUGAUGAAUUACUCACUGUGGAUCUCAGUUAUUGUCAUGAGCCUGGUUUGGGCUGUUGGAGGACAAUUGAGUGGAGAUGUGAGGCUGAUAGAUACGUCAGGUUUAACAGGAGGCAGAGGAGUUGGUAGACUGGAGGUCUACUAUAGUGGACAAUGGGGGACAGUGUGUCAGGAUGGAUUUGGUCCAGCUGGUGCACUUGUUGCUUGUCGUCAGCUUGGUUUCCUAGGUUAUGUAGUAUAUGGAAUCAUACGGAAUUCUGGUGACCUAGCAGCGUCAGAAUCCACUCCAACAUGGUUGGACAACCUUCGCUGCAAUGGUUCUGAAAGCAGACUGGAUGAAUGCCCACAAAAUCCUACCGGAGUUCAUAAUUGUGACCGUUCUGAUGAUGUGGCAUUAGUGUGUGCAAUAAAUGGAGUUUUGAGACUAGUGAAUCCUGCUACCACUUGGGUAGCCUCCUCUGGUAGACUGGAGUUCUUUAAUAUUGAUCAGUGGGAGACAGUGUGUGAUGACAGCUUUGGUCCAAAUGAUGCAAGAGUGGCUUGUCGUCAGCUAGGGUACACAGACUAUACCAAGUAUGGAAGAGUAGAAACAUUAGGUUUCUCCCAGCCUUCAAAUUCCACCCGGACAUGGCUGAAUGAGCUUCAUUGCUUAGGAACUGAGAGAAUACUUAUGGAUUGUCCCGCUAACACUAUCGGAGUUGAAGAUUGUACCCACACCCAAGAUGUGGUCUUGGUCUGUACUGCAAAUGGAGACCUGAGGCUGGUAGGCAGCUCAGGCCAAACAGGAGGCUCCUCUGGCAGACUGGAGGUAUAUUACAAUGGACAAUGGGGGGCAGUGUGUGAUGACAGAUUCGGUAUAAAUGAUGCAAGGGUGGCUUGUCGUCAACUAUAGGGUUCUCAACCUAUACUCGAUACGGAACAGUUGGAACACUAGGUUUCAAUGAAAUCUUAUCGGACUCUCCAACAUGGUUGGACGAGCUUCGUUGCUCAGGAACUGAGAGCAGACUCAUUAAUUGUCCUGCUAACACUAUCGGAGUUGAAGAUUGCACCCACACACAAGAUGUGGCCUUAAUGUGCAGUUCUACAGUACCUACUCUCUCGUCAUCCAACAUCAUACCAAUCAUCAGCAUUGGUGUAACUGUUCCUAUCAUCGUCAUUAUCAUCAUAGCUGUGAUUAUCAUCUUGUUCUGUAUUUGCAUAAGAAGAAGACAUCGCCUGGCUCACCUUCCACCCAGGACUCCUGUAGUCAAUAAUGCUACGCCGAAAGCUGCAAAUAUACAAAAUACAGCCUAUCCCAUGCAAUCCAUGGACCAAAAUCUCAAAUACAUAAAUCAGGCCCCCCCCUCAAGAUAUGUAUGCACCUCAACCAGUUGCCCCCUACCCAACUAGACAAUAUGCUGAUCCCUCGUACCCGUACCCUCACACUGAAUCCUACCCCUCUGGACCACAGCCCCCUGCCCUGUACCCUGCUCAGUACUUGGCUGGCGGAGAAGCCCCUCCAGCAUAUCUGAACUAAGAGUGGGUACCGCGCCCACCAAGUAGUAUAUUCACUGACAGUAUUGAACUUUAGGCUGACAUAUUAACAACUAUAAAUGUAGCAUAGAUUUAAUCCUCCUCAUUAAUUUCAAUUGAUAGUUAUCUUUAGGAUAAGCCCUCACGUAUACACCCAAUGCAUGCUACAUGCUAAUAACACUUGGCUGGCUAUAUAUAGAUAUACAUUGAUGUAUAUAA